GUUUUACCACUGGUUGAGUUCGAAGUUUCUGAUGACAUUUCGGCCGAUGAAGCACGUCAGCUGAUUGAAGCUGAACCACCACUAUCUAACACGGAUAGCAAUCCCUUCCAAAAACAGCUACAAAAGAAGGGAGUCAAGUUGAUGGCUGAUCGAGAAAUAUUACUAAGUCUCGAGAAGAAUCAAGUGAUCAUUGCCGAUCUACCAAAACCGUUGAAAAUUCGUUUUUACUACAGCAUCAUUCCUGAAAUAUCGAUCACUAUCUGCAACUCAUGCUUCCGGAUGUUCCAUGCGGACGAUUUCGAGAUGGCAUAUCUUCGCAGUGGUGGGUGUCCGUUCUGUCGUAAUGUGCCGCAAAGGAACUCAAAUGCAAUCAGCGUGGAUGACGAUGAACUUGACGACCUAUGA